AUGUCUCUGUCGGUGCAGUUUGGUGCUCUGAGGACCAGAGAGCUGCGAGAGCUGCUGGAGGAUGAAGACAAAAUCAAUCACAUCAUCAGAUGCAGUGAGAAGUUUCAGGGGCUAAAGAGAGCUGCGGAGAAGAUGCUGGUUUCUAAUGAAAGAUUGGCAAAAGUCAGUCUUUCUCAAAAACCUAAAUUCAGAGAUGCUAAAUUGAUACUUGCAAUGAAGUACAAGGAACUGGAGAAACUUCGAAGCUUAAUCCAGGUCAAACAAGAGAAACUUGUAGAAACAAACAGUGCUCAUUCUGCUCAGUGGAGCCUCCUGAAAAAGAUGAAUGAUGCAGAGGAGGAGUGUGAGAUGCUGUUUCAGAGGUUUUUGGAGAGGAAAACGCCGCUGGCAGAAUUCCUGGAUUCCUUUAUCAGCUCGCGGAAACUCCAACACAUCAGGGUGGUCGUGGUGAAGAAGCUCCAGGAGAUAGCGCUCACUGACAUUCACCCUGACACCCAGCAUUUCUCAGUGGAGGAGAUCCACAACGCCUGCCCCACAGUCUGUGGGCUGACCACCGCUGUGGUCCUACCUGCCUGCUGCCACCCUCCAGUCCUGCUGCCCUGCAGUGUCCAUGUAAAUACUGCUCACUGUCUACAGCAUUUACCGCUUUGUCUUGAUUACAGUCAUGAUUGCAACGAGUCCCUACAUCCAAGAGUGCAUAGACGAGGCACCAAAUGGCCAGCGAGACCUGUCCGCCUGCAGCCCCUGAGGGUGCAGCAGAGGAGGCAUCAACAAGCACCACAGUAAAGUCCAGUCCAGUCUCAGAUUUUGUAUUUCAUUGAAGUUACCAAAGUGAAAACAGUUACUGGGUAAAGCUUCCAUAUCAUCACACCCUUAUGUAUUUAUUUGUGUUGAAAUAUUUUCUGAUAUGAAUGGUAACUUAAUUAUAUUAAUAUAAUAGUAUUUUAUUUUGGUGGGUAUUGAAUGUUUGUUUGUGUUAAAGGUCCAGUGUGUACG